UUUAAAAUUUAAUAAUGACCAGGAUAGACUAGUGCUCGUUACAUGUGACGGCAUGUCUAUAAAACCUCAAAUAACGUAUAAUGCCAAAUCCGAUGUUUUCUUUGGGUUUCCGGACACAGGAAGGUUGCGGAAAAACGAAAAUAAUAAUCACAUGAAAUUGGCAUCCGAAGCAAUAACUGUCAUGAUUUCCGGUUUAUACAGAAACUACAAACAACCUAUUGCAUUUUUCUUGGCCCACAACAGUUUGGGCAGUCAAGGUCAAUUAAUACUUUUGAAAAAAUGUAUUCAAGCCGUUAAACGUAUAGGACUGAUCCCAGUAGCCAUGACUAUGGAUCAGGGAAGCACCAACAUAAAAAUGCUCCGUGAGGCCGGCGUCUCAAAAAAUAAGCCUUGGAUUGUCGUGGACGGAGAAAAGGUUGGAAUCUUCUACGACGCUCCGCAUUUGAUUAAAAGCGCUCGAAACGCUUUAAAGAAGACCAAUGCCGUUUCAAAUGGUAAAAUCGCCUCAUUUAGGCACGUUGAGUUACUUUACGAAGUUGAUGUAAAUUCAGCUAUACGUUUGGCUCCAAAACUACUUGAUAAGAACAUAAACCUACCACCAUUCGCAUCAAUGAACGUGGCUUUGGCAACUAGAACUUUGAGCGAAACUUGUGCUUCUGCUAUAAAGUACUAUGUUGGAACCACGCAACUACCUACCGAAGCUAUCAACACAUCCGAGUUUUUGUUGCUGUAUGACAGGAUUUUCGAUACCUUCAAUUCAAGAGAACGAUUCCCUGAUAGUAUCGGAAAGCCCCUCAGAAAACCUAUUACGGAUGAAAGUUCUCAUUUCACUUUUUUAAACGAGGCCCUUGUAAUCCUGAAUAAAACAUAUUUCACUAAGCAUGAUUGCUUCGAUGAAAAAAAGGCUUUAACGGAGUCCAAAUUACUGCGAGCGACUCAGAGGAUUCCUCAUUACCUGAGAGGAUUGUCUAGAGAAUUUUUUUGCUGA